CAUUGUUGGAACCCGCAGCCGCUACUCCGUCCAUUUCUUCACUGGUCAGAGGCAAGAUGUACAGGUGUGGCCGCCUCGUUUCAAGAAUUUCUCAGCCUACCUCAAGGACUGUCGAGCAUGUCAAAGCUCGCGGUAUUAACAGAUUACGCUCUGAUAGAGGGCAUGCAAACCUGCCCAAACAAAAGCAGACAACUAUGAAUGACUUGCCACAACCACAAGGAUCUUGGUCAAAGACAAAUGAACGUCGUCAGAGGAAAAAUAACUUGCAACUUGCAGUGGGCCUUGGCGUAGCUGGAUUUACACUUUUUGUAGCAAAACAAAGUGGGUUGAUAACAUUUAACAUGGGUCCAGGCAAACCAAAGAUUACGCUGGAAAGUCUGGCAGAGGUUAGCGAGAAGCAGCAGUCUGCUCCUGUUGAGGAAGCUCCUCUCAUUGAGGAACCUCUUGCAGAAGCUGCUGCUGUUAAAGAGUCCUCAUCAGAAACUGCUGCUGAAUUACCACCUGCUCCAAGUAAAGCAGCUGUAGAGUCGGAACAAGUUAAAGAAGCUGAUACUGCUGCAGAAAACUUAGAAGUAGUCAAAGAAGUAGUCAAACCUGUUGCUGUGUCUCCACCCGCUAAAGAGAUGACUGUUGACGAUGUUCCUGUGGUAGCAGUGUCUGUGGUUGAGCUGACACAAGCCUCGGUUGAAGCUGGAUUGGUCAAGAAGGAUAAUGAUGGUGUUACUGAAAAUGUAGAUUUGAUAGCUCCUGUAGUUGAAUCAAAGCUUUCGCUUGAGCCAUGUGUAGUUGAGCCAGAACCUGUGGUUGAGCCAUGUGUAACUGAACCAAAACCUGUGGUUGAGCCAUGUGUAGCUGAACCAGAAUCUGUGGUUGAGCCAUGUGUAACUGAACCAAAACCUGUGGUUGAGCCAUGUGUAGCUGAACCAGAACCUAUAAUUGAGCCAGAACCUGUCGCCAAGACAAAUUCCGCAACUGAACCAGUAGUUGUAGCUGCUUCGGCAUCUGUAUCACAUGACAGUGUGGGAUCUGAAAUAGUUGAGAAUGUUGCAGCACAUUCACACAAGCCUGAAGUUAAUGUGGCAGGAGUUCCCGAGCACGUGCCGUACCUGAUCAUCGGCGCUGGCACGUCGUGCGUGGCUGCUUUCAGGGCCAUUAAGGCCAGGGAUGCCAAGGCUAAGGUUCUAGUGAUAUCGGGGGAAGGUGAAAAUCCCUACAUGAGGCCACCUCUCAGUAAGGAGUUGUGGUACAGCGAUGAUGCUGAAGCUGCCAAGAAACUUCGCUUCAAGCAGUGGAAUGGCAAAGAAAGGAGUGUAUACUUCGAGCAUGAAGAGUACUAUACCCCCGUCAGUGAGUUAGCAGCACGGGAAAAUGGUGGCAUCUCGAUUAUAAAAGGUCGCAAGGUUGUCAAGUUGGACGUGCAUAAGAAACGUGCCUUUAUGGACGAUGGAAGUGAAGUCUCGUAUGACAAGUGCCUUAUUGCUACAGGUGGAACGCCUAAGUCCCUGCCAGUACUUGAUAAUGCUGGAGAAGAUGUACAGAAGAACGUAACAUUGUUCCGUACUAUUAGUGACUUCCAGCGCCUCCAUGAAGUGGCUCGGUUAGGAAAGCACAUCACUAUUGUUGGUGGUGGUUUCCUGGGGUCAGAGCUGGCAUGUGCUUUAGGUCAUAAAUCAAAAACAACCAAUGGUUCGGUGAUGCAGAUUUAUCCCGAGUCGGGCAACAUGGGUAAAGUCCUGCCCGAAUAUCUCUCCAAAUGGACCACAGAAAAAGUCAAGUCUGAAGGGGUAGAUGUUAUCACCAACUCAUUCGUUGAAGGAGUCAAAUCUACAAAAGAUGGGAAAGUACAACUCACUCUUAACACUGGGAAGGAGGUUGUGACUGACCAUGUUGUUGUAGCAGUUGGUCUUGAACCAGAUGUGGAACUGGCACGCUCCUCAAGUCUUGAGAUUGAUGAAACGCAUGGAGGUUUCAGAGUUAAUGCCGAAUUGGAAGCACGAUCCAAUCUAUGGGUGGCUGGAGAUGCUGCCUGUUUCUUUGACAUUAAGCUUGGCCGCCGACGUGUUGAACAUCACGACCAUGCCAUUGUGUCAGGGCGGUUAGCGGGCGAGAACAUGACGGGCAGUGGUAAGCCGUACUGGCAUCAGUCAAUGUUCUGGUCUGACUUGGGUCCUGAAGUUGGUUAUGAAGCUAUUGGCAUAGUUGAUUCAUCACUACCCACCGUUGGUGUGUUUGCUAAGGCCACCGCCAAGGACACGCCCAAAGCUGUUGUGGAAGCAACUGGAGAAAGCUUAAGAUCUGAAACAGAGCAGGUUGCUAAUACUUCCUCCUUCAUACACUCCAGUGCUCCUCAUGCACCUCUCAAGGGUGAAGACUAUGGCAAGGGUAUAAUAUUCUACUUGCGAGAAAAUGUUGUGGUGGGAAUUGUUCUGUGGAAUGUUUUCAACCGAAUGCCAAUUGCCCGGAAGAUUAUUAAGGAUGGUAAGAGUUAUGAUGACCUUAAUGAAGUUGCUAAGCUGUUUAGCCUGCAUUCAGAAGAGUAGAAGCUCUAGUUUCUUCUUUUAUUCCAUUUUUAUCUGAAUCAGAUGUGUAUAAAACGUUAUAAGUGGUUAAAAAGUUAUCUUAUGGGUGGUAAGUUGUUUAUAGAAUAAAUUGCAACUAUAACAAUAGGCUGUAGCCUAAGAAAUGUUGAGGUGUUGAUUUCCUUUACUUAAACAAGUUUAAUGUAAUGUAAAGCGUCAAUUCCCAUAUUUAACUAAUUAUAGUUAUUGCAUGCUGAGACAAGGAAUGCUUUUGCUAUAGGUUUUCAAAGAAUGCUUUUGGGAACUAUAUGUGUAGCUUCAUUGGAUUUCAGACAAUGUAAUCAUCUCAAGUAAGGUCAAUAUUGUGAAAUUGUAACUGGGUGGCAUUUAUCUUAAAUUAAUUUUGUACAUGAUAUUCAAAGAUUUCUAUUGUAAACUCGGCAAACUACUGUAUAAGUUCUCUUCAAUUAAGGAAUGUUAAAAAAGAAGUUAUACAACAUGGCAUAUCAAAACAAAAGGAAUAGUGCUCCAAUGACUUCAGUUGUUGUAAUAUUAAAGACUUUCCUAAUCAGAUGUCAGUAUGAAACAUUAUCUGUGUGAGCAAUAUAGUGUGUGUGAUAUUUUAUGGCUUGCUCAAAUGAGUAUUUUGUGGAACUUCAGUUCUUUUGUGGAUUAUUAAUCUUUUAAUCAUAUGUCAACAUUAAUUCUUUUGACUAAUAAUCCAAAGUCAAUUGGUACUCAGAACUACUGUAUAUUGACAAAAUAAAUAUUGUUUAUAGAAUCACUGCCACUGGGAGCUAUAUCUAUGCCAUACUUCAGAGGCUGAAAGUGUGCCAGCGGCUGAUAAUUGUUAUUUGUCUUAAGAUCUGCAUCUUUUAUAAGUUUAGCUGAAGAAAUACAAGUAAUUAAUGUUUCUUUGAGGUAUGAGUAGUUUUGGCAUAGGUUACUUUAUUUCUUUAUGCUAUGAUGAGCGCUGGGGCCUCAUAUUCUGUGUAGGUGGGGGGGGGGGGUAGGGGUAUUAUGCAUUUCCUCUAAACCCGCCUAUUAAGACUUAUUCCUGGAAAUUUACAUCCACUAUGUAUUUAAUUUUAUUUGCAUUGCAUAUUGUUAAAUAGAAGGUUGUAAUGUUAACUUUUCAGACAAUAAUACAACUACAAGAUAAUAUUAAAUUUUGAAUGAAAACAAGAUUAAUUGGUCAAUGAAGUUACAAUCCAAAUUUAGCCACUCCAAUUAACAGGUUGUAUAAGUUAAAUUUAGACCAACUGCUGGUCGUAAUUGUUUUCACCGUAAGUUUGCAGUGUGUAGAAGGAAAUAAGUUAGAUUCUUAUUAGACAUUUUUAAUGGUGCAGUAGGAAUCAUAGUUAUGCCAUUUAUGUUCUAAAAGUUUUCAGAGUAUUUAAUUUUUAAACUAUUUCAGCAGCAUGUGCUGCUGGUCUCCUUUGCAGCUCAGGAAUUUGUUAGUGAGCUUGCUUUGAGCACUUGUAAGUAAAUCUUUAAGUAAAGUUUAAUCAUUUGAAUGCAGAAGGAUUCACGCUUUCAUUUUAGGUUUGAUGCUUGUGCUUGAACUUAUGGAAGGAGGUUUUCAAUGUGGAAAAGUAUCAUGGUUGUAACAAUGUUUUGUAAGUGUCCUUAAAUCAUGCUUCAUACACGCUAAACAAAAUUUAAUUUAGUUUUUUGCAAUCUUGUAUUAUCAGUGGUUGUUCACAAAGGGUUAUCUUUGAUGUAGCAAACAGGCAAAAAUUUAAUGGUUGCUCAGAUAUGCAAUUUACAUUUUUAGUUUGUGCAAUUUUAAGCUCGGUUCAUACAAGACCUUUCAAUAUUUGUGUCAAAGUGUGGAAGAUGAAUACUUGAGUUCUGUAUAUAUAAUGAUUAUAUACGAUAUGCUGUAGAACACAUGCAUAGUCAUCUUUGUACAUAGUGUAAGUGGCAAUACAACAAAUGUUGCUAGAAUAUUAGUACAAAAUAUUUUGAUAU